AGAUGAGAGAUAAUCACAGAAAAAUCAUGAUACAGAGAUAUCUAUGACCUAUUCCAAAACAACAAUAUUGAGAACUGUACCUGUACUACUCAUAGUUAUCAUCAUAGAUUAGUUAUUAUUAAUUAACAAAAAACCGUGGUAUUUCUAUGUAAAGAAGAUGCCUUUAAUGAGGAAAGUAGAUCCCAUAGAUGUGCAAAGUGUUUGGGAUAUCAUAGCACAUAUAAAAUGGCAAAAAACAGUUCCUGAAUAUGAAAAGGUUAUUAAAGAUCUCAUUAAAUCCCGUGGCUCAACUCUAUCUGAAUGGAAAAAAUGUUUGGAUGACAUGGUGUGUGAUAAUUUACUAGAAAAGGCUUGGAAGAGAAGUGAUUCUAAAGUACAGGCAUUGACAUUUCCAACUUCAGAUAAGUUGGUUUCAGAUAAAACAGACUGGUAUUGUUUCCAAUGUCACAAAGCUGGCAAUGUAAAACUUUGUUGCAAAAACUCCUGCCACAGAGUAUUUCAUGCGGACUGUUCACCCAAAGACUUCAGAAAUAUCUUCUUUUUAUUUUUGAAAUUGAUAACAAAUUCUGGUUCGACAAUAUCCCUGAAGAAUGGAAGAAAUGAUAUUUUUAAAGCUUUGAACACAUAUUCUCCUGAAUGGGAUCACCAAAAAAAGAAUUAUGAUUGCAAUGCAUGUAUUAUUUGCAACAUGAAAGGGGUAGACACUUUUUGUAUUGAAAAAUUAGAGCUCAAUACUUUACUCAAGUUUGUUCAUAUGAGAUCUAGAGCCUGGGUUCCAAAAGACAUAACGCACAAAAUGAAUGGUGCAGAACCUUAUCCAGAUUGGAUAACAGAAAAUGAUUUGGCUUCCAGAGCGAAAUUAUUAAUUUUUUUUCCAAUGGACAUGACAAUGAUAGAAGAAAAAAUCGAACAUGCCGAGUAUUCAAAAUUUACUGAAUAUUUAGCAGAUAUUUUUACUAUCAAACAUAAUAUCGGAAUUUUUCAUAACCCUGAAUCUCAAGAAUAUGAAGCAACAAAAUUUGUUUCAAGAGAUGUUUUUCAUGAUAUAGGAGAAAUAGUUUCAUGUAUAGACUGCUUCAAACACAGCAGUGAAAUGCUUAGUACAGACUGGUUUGCAUUACCUUGCAGGAACUCUCAUGAGGUUGUAUGGGCUAAACAGAAAGGCUACUGUUAUUGGCCUGCAAAGGUAAUAAAGAAAUUUGGUUCAACUUUCGAUGUACGUUUCUUUGGUACAAGACAUGAAAGAGCCAUUGUGAAUCAGGAAUGUAUUAAACCUAUCACUAUUCCUAGGCACAUGUUGCAGCUGAAAACUUCUGGAGGUUUGGAAAAAGCUAUUAAUGAAAUGGAAUUGCUCAUGAAAUUUAUUGAAAAUCCCUUAGAGCUGGAAACUUAUAUAAGUACUAAUUCAAAAUCUAGUAAAAAAUCGAAUUCCCCUAGAAAACCCAACUCGAAUGAAAGUGAUAAGCCAUUAAAGAAAAGAAAAAACAUAGUUAAAGUAUCAACACCAAGCACAAGGAGUAGUUUAAACAGUAGUAGUAGUAGUUUAAUAUCAGUAAAAGAAGAAAAUGAUGUAAAAAAAACUGAAGAUGAUUAUAAAAAAGAAGUUGUAGUUCAAAAUUUUAAGAAACCCUCAUCAGUCCCUGUUGACGCAGAUGCAGUAAGUGUUAUGCCUUCAAGAAAGAGGAAGCAAUCAGACAACUGUGGGAAAUGUCUACCGAUAAUGAACGAUGAACCAAUUAAAAUUUCUGAUGAAGAAGAUAAUGUAUAUACUUUUUCUGGGAGUCUAACUAAGUCUGCUAUGGAAUUUAAUGAUAGCUUUGAAGAACAAGAAGUGGAACUAGUAACUAGUUCAACUGAAGGCGAGGAUAUGGAGGAUACAAAACAAAAUAAGGACAUACCACAAUUGAUUCAUUCUUACAAUGACGAAGUCGAAAAGAUGAAAAAUAAUAUUCAAGGAAUGUCAUCUAAAGAAGCUAUAAUCCGAGCAGCUAUGAAUUUUAUGCAAACCGAAAUAAACAGACUAACAGAGAAACAUAAUGAGCAACUCAAAAUAAUUGCCGAAACUCAUAAGAAAGAAAUAUCAGCGACUAAGAAAAAACAAUGGUGUUACUUCUGUGAACAAGAUGCUAUCUAUCACUGUUGUUGGAAUACAGCUUAUUGUUCAGUUCAGUGUCAAAAGCAACAUUGGCAACAGGAUCAUAAGAAGGUUUGUAGAAGAAAACGAUGAAUAUUUUUUCAAUUCACAUUAUCUAACGACAUAAAGUGAAAAUCUUUUUCAAGAUUUAAAGUACAAAAAAGUGGAAACAUCUGAUGAAAAAUUCCCCCUUAUUUUUGUAGAUGAAUAUAAAUUUGUUAAAAAAAAAUCAGAAUUGUUUACAUCAGAAAUGAAAUCUAUAUGUAAUAUUCUACAAGCAUCAAAGCAGUUCAAAUUAAAUGAAAACUAAUUUUUGAAAAGUUGCAUUAUUGAGCUCUGAGAAACCUGUCCUUAAUGUUUUUCACAACAUAUUCAAUAGUGUAAUUGCCCUCAACAUGACUCAGUUCUUUUUCUAUUUUGUAAUGGCAGAAAACAAUAAAUUGAGAUAUUCUGUCUAUUUUGUACUGGACAAAAGGUAGACAAUAUUCAUCACAUUCAUUCACCUUAAUUAAUAAUUUUUAUCAGAAAAAUUUUACAAUAGGUAGUAUGCAAUUAUUUUUUCUAAUUCUUCUAAUGAUUUUUCUGCUUCUGAAAAUGAACUAAAACAAUUAAUUUUUUUUUUAUUUUGAGGGCCCUUUUAGAACCUUUAUCUCUGUUUAUUGUUCUGCCAAGUUUGAUACAUUCCAUUAUGUCCAUUGUACUCGUAUUCAUAAUUUGUACUUUAUUAUUUGAAUUUUUUUUUAUGAAUUUUGCAUGUUGAUUUGUUGAACAGUUUUAUUUAUAUGUUAUUCUUUUUUCAAGAUAUAAUUAUAAAA